AUGAAAUUCUUUCUUGCUUAUCCUUUAAUCCUCGUAAUUCUCUUGGUCAACGAUGCCUUAUCGAUUCCAUUAUCAGAUGAUAAAAAUAUUUGUGACCAUCAAAAGUUAAAUAAAGGCAAGCAAGAUCCUAAAGGAACUUGCUCUACGACCAUCCAAGGAGAGAUACCAUCUGUCGACAAUAUGGUUGCAACAAUUAUCACCUCCCCAGAUAAUAAUAAAGUAUUGAAGUCUAAAGUGCCAUUCAACGUUUCGUUUUUAGUUGGUAAUUUAGCAACCGGAUUCUUUAGUGAUCCAGAUACACAAUAUUACACCUUACCGCAAACACUUAGCAAACAUGGUUUGAUAAGAGGUCAUGUACAUGUUACCAUUCAAAGUAUUAAUGAAAAUAGACUUCCAAAUACCAAGGAUUUUGUAUUCUUUAAAGGUGUAAAUGAUAAGGCCGAUAAACAUGGUAGAUUAAGUGUUGAAGUCGAAAGUGGUUUAAGUCCUGGACGUUUUAGAAUUUGCACCAUUAGUGGAUCUUUUUCACAUCAACCCCCACUUUUGCCAAUCGCAAAAAGGGGUGCUGCGGAUGAUUGUAUAAGAAUUACUGUAGAAGGUAAAGGUGCAACUUUAGAAAAUGCUGAAAAUGUUCCUGUAAAAGCACCUGUAGUAGUAAAUAGUGAAAAUGUUCCUGUAAAUGUACCUGCAAAAAAUGGUAAAAACAAAAGGGCAAUGUCAGGGAAGAUUUAA